AUGUCUUCAGACGCGCAGGCUCAGCUCCGGGGGUCUGCAAACUACUUGCACAAGCUUGUGGCUGCCUCUCACAUCUACAACUUGUGGACUGACAAAGGAGCUGACGCUGGAGCUCUUGCUGAAAGGUAUCUUGAUGGUUCAGUUGACAAGCUGGAUCAGUAUAUGAACCACUCGGCAACACCACACCACACUGCCGGUUGCAGCAUGCUCAGCAACACUGAACCUAGUCAAUAUCUCACGCAGUCACCAGAUUCAGCUGGCUUGCAAUCAGUCAUACCCGCUUUUUGCACAGAUGCUGCAGCAGCAUGUGCUGCACUCAAGAAGCAAGUAGUAGCUACAGAGCCUAGAGCGACUGAAACACAGCAGGAACAUAUUUCGGUCAUGUCAGGGUCUGAUCAGACCCAGAACAGCUCUCCAAAAGACGCUCGGCGGGGUGUACCUCUCCUACAUAAGGAUGAUCUUAGCUAUGAGCAGUUUGUGGGGCAGUUCAUGCAGCCCAAUCUGCCUGUCAUGAUCCAGGGCUUGGCUAGCAAGUGGAGAUCAAGCAUGGAUUGGGUCACAGCAGACGGUCAUGUCAACAUUGACUUUCUUGCAGAGCAUUACGGACAGGCACAGGUGAUGGUCAGCAACACCACCAGGUCAAAUGCUACCUGCGCCCCCAGGCUAGACAUGACGGUGGUAGAAUUUGCCCACUGGUGGAAGAUGCACAAGGCAGGACAGGACGACCGCUUGCUUUACCUCAAAGACUGGCACUUUGCCCAUGCGUUUCCCAACUACAAGGCUUAUGAGACGCCGCUCUACUUCCAAGAUGACUGGUUGAAUGACUUCUACGACAUGGAGCAAGCUGGCACACAGCAGAGUGACCAGGUCAACAUCCAGCAGCAGCCAUGCACCACAGCUGCAGACUUAUGCUCAACAGCUGUUGCGCCCACCUCUGUGGAGUCAAACUCCACAGCUGCUGGCUUGGAGUGCAGGUCUGUAGGGAGGGAUGAUGGUGACUGCUCCAUGGCAGCAGGGGCCAUAAGCGGCAUACCUUAUCUACGAAGAAGCCAUGGAGCACAUGACAUGUCUACCAACUUUCCACCCCAGGGAGCCGUAAUCAAACAAGACACUGACAACAAGCGUGAAGCAGUAGGAAGUCAUGAUGAAGAAGCAGGGGGUCAUGGCAGCAGAGCAGCGUGUGAAACUUUGUCAUCAGACUACCGCUUUGUUUACUUGGGAUGCAAGAUUGCAGAGGCUCGUGUGCAGCUUCAAAGGGCAGUAGACGCAAGUCAUGUUGCGCCUACAGCCAAGUAUUUGAGACAAGCAGCUGCUGCUUGCUUGAAGCAUGGACUGCAGCCUGUCCGUGCUUUGCCUGGAUUGGAGCCACAUAUACAGUUUGAGAUGCAGCCUGUCAGCAUCUCUCAAGUUGCAGAGCAUGUCAGAACAGCGUGUCCAGAAGUUGAUAACAUUUUGGAGAGGCUGCAAGGCAAGACAGGAAGCAAGUACUUUGUGAUAACAUAUACGCAGCCAAUACAGGUCCUCUUGGUCAUGCGAGAGCUGAUACAGCCCGCUUACCAGCAGCCUCUCAAGGACUUGUUGGCAUCCAUCAAGCAGUCUCCUGGUUUGGCACCACAGGCAUUCAGUGGAGCAGGUCCACCCGGGUUCCGUGUUGUACCUGUGCCCAUACAUGCCACCAAUACCGACGCUGCUGCUUCAGCACUGCAAGCUAAACCAGUCAAUCUUGGUGUUGGCAAAGCAAGAGCUCAGCUGCAUACUGCAAUUGUAAGGAGCCAUGGAUCGCAUACAGCCAGGUGGAUGACAGAAGCUGCAUGGGUGUGCCUGCAGCAUGGUCUCACAGCCACAGAUCAUGGUCUACAGCUGGCACCUGUCAAUUGCCGACUGGUGAUUGACCAUUUGAGGCCAAUCUGCCCUGAUGUGUACGAUGUCAUUGGGAAGCUGCAGACGCUCACAGGGCAGAAGUAUUUCCGCCUGAUGGGAAGCGCUCAGAGUCCAUCAGCAAUACUGCUCAAGCUUGCCAACAUCAUACUCAGCCCAGCAAGAACAAUUGGCUUAGCAGGCCUGAUGGACAACAUUCAGACUGUCACUACCCAGCAUGCCUCAAGUUUGACUGCUGCUGUCCAGCAACCAAAGCUCAAUGCUGAUCAGCUGCAAGCGUCACUGCCAGACACCCUGGAUCUUACCCCCCCAGGCUUUCACGCUACCACGGCUGGACAAGCCUUUGAUGCGUCAGGUGCAAGCACCCAGGCAGUCAUCCCUCAAGUGGCUGAGGCUCAAAGACAGCUGAAGAUGGCAGUCAGCAGGAGCCAUCCUCCCACAGCAAAGUACAUUGUAGAGACUGCUGCGGUGUGCCUUGACCAUGGACUGUUCACUUCAGAAACUGGAUUUUUUCUGAAGCCCGUGGCCUGGUCUCUGAUAGCAGAAGCUGUCCACAGAAGCUGCCCACACGUUGCGGAUCUUCUUGAAAAGCUGUGCGGUAAAACGGGACAGAAAUAUUUUCAGCUGCUGGGCAACAGCGAGUUUGGCGAGCCUGAGUUUGUGGCUGCCAAUCUCGGUACCUUAAUCCUGCCAAAGCAGAUGCCGUUUGUAAGCCACAUCUUGAACCGGUUUGAGAGGAGCAGCCCAGCAGCGCAGGAAAAUAGUUCUGCCUCUUCCGUGUCUCCAAAUGCACCAGGCAGCUUGGUGUCACCAACUGCUACUGAAGAGCUCCAUACCAAACAGUGGCAUGUAUCACAAGCUGUACCUUCAAGCGGUCAGAUUGCUGAUAACAAAAGUGUAGGAUCAUCUGUUCUUGCAGUGCUGCGAGCCCAGCCUGCGAGCAGCAGUAAGUCGGCCAGUGCACAGGGCACACCAAGAGCUAAAGUCACAUAUGCGCCCGUGCCCAUCAGCAAACCAAGGGUUUCUGACAGUGGCAGCAAGGCAAAUGGUACAGAAACUGGAAGCACAUCUGCCAUGCAAGCUCUGCUUUCUGCUUGUAUGCAAAUUCCUGAGAACAGUGCAAGCGACGGCCAGAAGAGCAGCGAAGUAGCCAAGUGGGUUCCUGCUGUCUCUUGUCCGCCAGCUUCCACACCCUUUGCUGCAACAGCGUUGGUGUCAGCUUCAUCCUCAGCUUCCAUACUGGCUUCUCUGCAAGCUGCUGCUCCAGCACCCAUCAGGACGCAAAGCAAAAGCAGCUGUGGCAACGCAGAAGCUAAAUCCACGGAGGACCCUUUCCUGGUAUCAAGUCCGCCCUUGACUGCCGCACUAGAGGACAGCCCUUCAAGCAGUAUAUCUGGCAUAACCCAGGCUAUGAAGGCGCGCAGCUCUGCAUCUACAGAGCUGUCGAGCAUUGACGUCCUACCAGAGGGAGAGACUAGAUUGACAGUCCCUCAGCAAGCCAGGGUGGAUCCAUUCUGUUUAGACUGUAUGGAACAGCCGGGCCGAUGUAGUCAGCAUCCACUUGUUCCUAGUCCCGCUGAGCCUGAGUCAGCUGAGGUGCAAGCUCAACAUGACACUCACACUCCAUCUGAUUGCAGCACUCAGGUAUGCGUCAUGAACGCAUUGCCAAGCUGCUUUGUUCCUCUUUUGCUUGGUAAUGUGCUCAUCUGCUCUAGUGCUGUCUUCAACCUCCUCUUGGGUCGCACUCAGCCUUCUGUACCUGACUUCAUGUUGGAUGCUACGCUGUGGUCCCCCUCCCCCAAGCCUUCUCUUGCCGCCACACUGGAAGACUUCCCCACUCAAAAUGAGGACUGGAGCAGUGUGGACAAGAACCAGGACUGUGAUUCCAAGGCUGCACCUGCUGCUGUUGAAGAAGAAGAUGGGUCAAAGGGCUUUGGAGAGGUGCUAGAUCCACAGCCUCGUUCUCCAACCUCGUUGCCACCUACUAGUAAGGAGCCUGCUGUCAGCCUCGGCGAUGAAGGGGAAAUCCAGCAGGAGGUUGCGUGCAUUGGGCAUGAUGAGGCAGAUGUGCAGUGCGAUAGGUGCGGUAAAUGGGGCCACACAGCUGCCAGCUGCGAUGAGAUGUACUGUGAUCGGUGUCAGCAAAUGGGCCACAUUAUCACGAACUGCAAGAGCUGGCAGCUGCAGAACGCUGGCGCUGGUCCUUUAAAUCAGGAAGCAGAACCUGAGGCCCAGUCGGCUGCUAAGCAGCAGGAAACGGAACAGAUGCAGUGCUUCAGGUGUAAGCAAGACGGUCACUGCAGUGCAGAGUGCCCUCUUCCAGAUGUCGAGCACUGCUACAACUGUCAUCAGCUAGGCCACCUUUCACAGUUCUGCCCUGUUCUCAGGACAGCUGUAAAGGGUCUUCCCCUGGCUCAGCAGCAGGGCAGUGGCAAAGCGGAGGGCUCUCACCACCAGCAGGCUCCAGCCUUCACAGCUUUCCCCAGUGCCAGAAACCAGUACGGCAAAUUUGCAGCAGCCAGCGUCUUGACAGAGGUAAUUGCAGACAAGGGUAGAUCACUGAUUGUCCGAUUUAGCGACGGAUCAUCAGAAGAGGUGCCAGUCCAGACAGACAUGACACAGGCUUUGCAAACACUGGCAGCCCUGGACCCUGUGGCAUGA